AUCGUGCAAGUUUGUACGUGAUCGAGGGAAAAAAGAGCGUUACUUUCCAGUUUAUGGUUUAUCCCAAUUUUUUGUAAACAUGGCUGUUGUUCUACAAUAUCGUAAUUAAUUUUUUUUUCUACUUAAAACUAAACAUCGAAGUUGAAAAUACUCAUUAAACGAUUGUCCAUUUUUCUGCCAAGUGUUUCAACGUUAAGCUACGGUUUGGGUUACCAGAUUUUCGAUGAUACAUCCAGUGGCCUUUGUGCUCUAAACAAAUUAUAAUUACAAUUCUGUGAAAAAAGUUUUCGUCACCGGAAAUUGUCUCUAACUACAAAGUUAAAAGGUUACGAGUACGAUGUGUUUACCUUAUUGGCCAACAGAUACUCGAUGUUUUGAGGAAUUCAUUUACUGAAUCAUUGCUGGAGUCAGCUUUCGCGAUGUUCUGCAACAAUUGACCUUAUCAACGUCCAAAGUGUGGCUAUUAGUUUGCAACACGACCCUAAGGAAAAUCAACAUUGCGACGAGACAGUUCCAGAAGUUUUUCACCUUGAGAUGUAACUUUUCUAUACGCCAAUGAUUCGUUCACUUCAAUUUCCUCAAGUGAGAACGUAUUCACAAUAUUUUUGGAAAUUCUUCUCAGUUGAACCUUGCAACACGGCUCGUAAGCAUUUUUAGACCUCAAGUGUUCAGGUUAAGGUUUCAAUCGCAUGCUGAACAAAGUGGCAAGAACUAUUUAAGAAUAUAAAAACACAUCGUUCAAAAGUCUUGCACUGUUUCUGGGGUGAUUGGACUUUCCGAAUGAUCAAAGGAUCUAAAUAACCUCACAAUAAAUUCAUCAAAAAAGUUGACUCGGCAGAGAGCGGCUUUGGCAACUAUUUAACAGCAAAAUUGCAACUUUUGUGGAGCCGAAUGCAUCUUUGCUCCAAGCGAUACGACUGACAGAAUGUAACUACACAGUGGUAGAAAAAACAAGUUUAAAAAGUUCAAAUUCAGGAAAGAUCAAAAGGAAGUAUCCGAACCCUGAGCAAUAUCAUAGUCGGAAGAACAAAAAAUCUGAAAAUACUGGAGCGUAUAAUAACCAAUGGGAAUCGGAGAUUUUUUUGGUUGAAAUAAAAGAGCAGAAAACUGAUCCGAUGGAAAUCAGCGAGUGUGACGCAGUGUCGAGGCAUCCCAGAGCGAUAAUCCACUUGGACGUGGAUUGUUUCUAUGCUCAAGUAGAAAUGGUGCGGCAUCCUGAGUUCAAAGGAAAGCCACUGGGGGUGCAACAGAAAAACAUAGUGGUGACAAGCAACUAUGCGGCUCGUCAGUACGGAAUAAAGAAGUUGAUGUUGGUGGAGGAGGCGUUGCUGCUUUGUCCACAUUUGGUUCUGGUUCGAGGUGAAGAUUUGACGAAUUAUCGUAAAGCCUCUGCAGAAAUAUCGGAAAUACUGCUACGCUAUACACCCUUGGUGGAGAGGCUGGGUUUGGAUGAGAGUUUUAUCGACGUAUCGGCGAUAGUGGAGAGAUGGUCGUCGUGUAUACAUCCCGAGGGUGUUACGGAGGAGGAUAACAGAGAGGAGGAUUCAGGACGCUACAGUAAAAUCUUUGGUGCUACUGAAGAAGAAUGUCCUUGCGGUUGCCACCGAAGAUUGAGGAUCGCUGCAAAAAUAGCUGCCGAAAUGAGGGAGCGGAUAUUGAAGCAAGUCGGUUUGACAUGCAGCGCGGGCAUAGCUCACAACAAGUUACUAGCGAAGCUGGGUGGCAGCCUGCACAAGCCGAACGAACAAACGGUUGUCUAUCCAUGGGCUGGAGCUUCUCUGCUCUCUAAAAUAGGCUCGAUCGCUAAAAUCCCAGGAAUUGGGGCAAAGACGCUGGGCUUACUGGAGAGCAAAGCCAUCCGGACGGUGGAUGAUCUUCGAAGGAUAACGCUGGAAGAAUUGGAGUCCAGGGUUGGCGGGGAUCUGUCGAAAAGGCUUAAAGACAACGCAGAAGGGAUAGACGAAACGAUCGUGAAGCCGUCCGGCAGACCGAAUUCGAUCGGCUUGGAGGAUGGCUGCGGCAACGUUUCCCUCGUUGGUGAAGUGGAGAGUCGCUUGAGCGCUCUUUUGCGAAGACUCGUCGAGCUGGCCAACGAGGAUGGGAGAAUACCGCUCGCCCUUAAAAUAACGGUCCGUAAAAGCGAUUUCACGAAAUCUGGCACAGCGAGCAAACGCGAAACGCGACAAUGCGCACUCCCCCAACAUCUGUUGCCCUCGGACAAAUCCGGACUGUACGACAACGCCAAGAUUUUGGCACUCGCCAUGAAACUCUUUCACCGGGCGGUCGAUGUCACGAAACCUUUUCACUUGACUCUCCUCGGAGUCGCUUUCACCAAGUUCGAAGAGAGAAUGUCAGGCCGCAGCAGCAUAACUUCGUUCCUAAGAAAACAGGUUGCGGUACAAUCCGUCUUGGACAUCAGUUCGGAAGGAGGCGUUUCGGACACGAGUAUCGGUUCCCCGAUGAGCACCAAUCAAGACAGCAACGACGCCAGCGAGCUCGAAUCGCGCUGCAGUCCCCAACGAGCAGUCCCUCGCUCGACCUCCCUGCCCAACCACAAUUCGCGAUCGAUCUCAAGGAAUUUGAACUUCGAUUCGAGCCCCUGCAACACCACCGACGGCGAAGAUUUCUCCACGGAGAUCGAGCCCUCACCGAAGAAAACAAAACUCGAAGUUUGGCUCAACGGACGAAGAGAAUCGCCGAGCAACGAAAUGGCCGGUUUGAGACUCGGGCCCUCCUCGCCCAUAUCGAACCAACCUCCUACCAAUUCUGCUGUUUUUAAAUCCAUACCUCUCGAUCUCGACAGAGAAGUCACUCAUUCCUGGCAAGCAACAGGGGUCAAAACAAAACCAAACAAUAUACUUAAAUAUUUUAUAGCCAACAAGUAAUGAAACUCGUAGCUCUUUAUUUAAAUAUCAAACAAACGAUACGACCACAAAGUUUAAGGAAUAUAUGAGAAGAGAAAACGAAUUGAUGCGCGUACCCAAUUUCCUCUCGUUACACACUCUCUCUCGUCCAAACGCGUGCUUUCGUCCUUCGUACGAUAAACAAAUUUUAUAUUUUAUCUCGUUAACUUACGAGCCACCAUUCCAUAUCUCCGUGUAUUCGGCUCAAAACUAAACCGGCCAUCUUUCCUCGAGAAGACGAUCGAUAUAUUUUUAUGAUUCAUUACAUACUCAUUUUUUUCUCCUGGUUAUUUCAACGCCAGAACCCCCCGACCGUCUAUUUUUUUCAACAUAAACUUUACAACAGGCUCGAAAACGACUCCAAUCUUCGCUUCGGCAUAAAAUCUUCAUCUGCGAUAAUAAGCUUUAACUUUACACGUUUCUACACCCUUUUUCACAUAAAUUCCCAUCCGGUCAACCUUUAUAGACAGGAAUUCUGUAAAAUUACGAAAAAAUAUUGAAAAAAGAGGGAUUCUCCGCGAAGAAGGUUGGGCUCGUUUUCAUCCUGGCAGGAGGUCGAUCGCGCACUCUUCAAUGUUCUCAAUAAUGUGAUGCAUUUAUUAGUGAAAAUACUUUCAUCCGUUGUUUUUUCUUUUUCGUUUUUCCUCCUAACUCUUCUCUCUAUUCAUUAAAUCGUUACAACGACAAAACGAAAUGCGCACACAUUCCAAAUACAUUUCCGUUCUUGCGAUAAUCGUUCUCUCCCCCUAUUUUAAGGUAAAUACCAACGAAUUUUUAAAUAAUUUGUCACAAUUGUUACAAUGUUAAAUAUAACUAUGUUUUGACAA